UUGAAUUUGAAUGGUAACAAUUUCGUCUGGUGUUAAAUCCUCGUUCUCGUUUUGAACGUCUCACUCAUGGCCGAUCACAGUGUGUUCUUUCUGAUUAGCUCUUAAUUGAGAUCACCUGUCACGCACCCCUCUAUUUAAGGUGAACACAAUGGGUUUGAUUUACUUUUUGCAUCAGCCUCUGUCAAUCGAGGUUGAGUUUAGCGAGUGUUGAAAGUUUUUGAUCUAGAUUGCAGACUAUUGUCACUUUAUACAAACUGCAAGUAUGCGUCGUUGCGUGUUUGUUUUUGUGGGCAUUUGACUGAACAGCCCAGACCAAUAUUGCUACCAUCAUGGCACUUCGGAACAGACCACCGCAGUCUGAGUCGAACUCGGUCCCAAAGCUCUACCCCGCCUCCAGGUGACUGUAACCAGACUAAUGGGGUCGAGGAGAGAGUGCCUGUGGGGGAUAAACUAAGGCUUCUUCAGUACGGUAUCCAGAAGGAAACAAAAGAAUUCGAGCAGGUGAGAUCUCAAUACUUCUGUAGCUUGAAAAUACUUUUAAGCUACAUAAAAUCCGUUAUAAAAACGGUAUAUACUGUUUUGAAAACGUAUAUUCGAACAAAUCGGCCACGUUCGAACUUUGUUAUAGGAACAUACGGUAAAGCAACUCCGGUGAAGUUCCGUCAAUAUAUGAACUAUAUGUUAUAUAUGUAACAGAAAGGGCAGGAGGGUCUGUCAAAGCGGUAAAGGGAAACCCGUUAUGCGCUGUUGGGGUCACAUUUAUAUAUAGAUAAUAAUAAUAGGUAUACAUUCGUUAAUAAAUAUUUAUAUGUGUUAUAGUAACAAGGAGGUUACGGGUAUAUUAUAUAAUUUGUUCAAUAAUAACUAAUAGUGUGAAAGGAUCUAAAACAUGGGUAACAAAUCUGGAAAAACGGAGAUAACGGGACCUGCGAAGGUGAUGUUGGAGAAGCAUGGUGAAGCGGCUCUGGAGGGUUUAAAAUAUUGGUGCAAACUGGGCUUUCCUGAAAUAGGGAGUUUUAGCUUAAAACGAUUACAGGAGUUAGAGAAACGAUUGUUGGAGUCAGAAAUGAAAAAGAAAAGUUCCAAACUAUGUUGGUGUGCAUUUUAUUUGUGGGAAAGAGAGGGCCAGGAUAGAAAAAAAAAUCAGCCAGGGACAGAGAGCGUAGAGAGUGUAGGGAUUUUUAAUCUCAAUGUCACCCGAGAUAUAGACCCGGACCUGGACUGCACCGGCGGACCGCGUGCGAAUCCCCCUUCUCCUCCUCCGUAUGACAACGCCCAUGAAGCCGUCUCAUCGGACACUCUCUACCCUGGCCUCGAAGAAGAGGUGUGUCCCCCGAAAGAAGAGGAGAAGGCUCCCGCUCGCAGCACGAGGCCUGCAACUCGAAGCCAGGGGAAUGCUCCACAAUCAUUCCAGCAGGCGACGGCCACACCGACCAAGCGGGAACCCGUCGCCAGCCGCUUGAGAAACCAGGGAAUGGCGUUCUCCCCAACUCUUAAACAUGAGGACGUGAUGGAUGGACAAUUCCCCAUGAUCGAAGUACUGAACCCCCAGGAUGGGAGUCCAGCAUACGUUUUCCGUGCAUGGAGACCCAGUGACAUUAAGGACAUAGCGGAAUGGCUCCCAGACCCAGCUGCAGUGGGGGGGCCUGCCUUCGCCACAUCCCUCCUUGAGUUGAUCCAACAACACAAGGCAUCCAUCAGUGAAGUGCGCCAACUCUGUGCGUACAGACUGACCCUAAGGUGGGGUCGUAUCCAAGGCGACAUGCCCGGGAGGGACGAAGCGGAUUUAAUGUUCAAUUGGGAUCAAGGGUCCGUGUACCGCCGGCUGGUAGAGGGACUGUGUGAACGGGCCAGGGGGGCGUUCCCCAUGGUUAGAGAUUGGACCGCUAUUCGAAAGAUCCAACAAAUAGAAGGCGAGACGGUGGCUGACUUGAUGGACCGCGUUGAAAAGGUGUUCAAGAUCCACGGGGGACUGCCUGUACCAACCGACCGAGUGGUUCAGACUCCGUACGAAGAAAAUCUCACCGCGGCCUUCCUGGAUGCGUUGACCGACAAAAUAUCGGAAUUCAUAGAGACACACUGCAUUGGGUGGCGUACCGCCAGACUUGAUUUGAUUAUAAGUCACGCGACCCACGCAGAAAACCUUUUCAUGAAGAAAGAAAAGUUCGGGAAGAAUAGAAAAGAAGAGACAACCAAGAAGCUCCAGCUCGCCCAACUGAAGGACCUGAAGCGUCCUAAGUCCAUCCGUCGUGAAAGAAACCAAGGAACCGACCGGCCAGAAGGGAGAAAGUUCACCCGGGACUGUUAUUAUUGUGGCUCCAAGGAUCAUUGGUUAAGAGAUUGCCCCGUCAGAAAGGAGAGAGAAGAAGAAGAGGACGACUGGAAGUCCGCACCUUCCCGUGAAGUGACUGUAAAUCACCCGAAGGGCAAAGAUGAAAAGAGAGGCAAAGAUGGAAGGGGGAAUUCGUAUUGACGGGACGCCGGAGCAGGACAGGUCCAAGGAGGAGUGAAGAAGGCACCAGUUGAAGGCCAACCUACCGCGUGGCGGUUUGUGCAAGAUUUAAAGAAGGUGAAGGAGGCAUUACCGCUGUCCAAGGAAGGGCAACUCCACGAUCUACAACCAGGCGAUUGGAUUGUGGUGAA